GAAGUAACUUUGGCCUCCCCAAACUACCUUUCGUUGUCAGCUGGGCGUGACGUCAAGGCCGCUGCCGCGCCGUGCAAGGUUGUGUCCACAUGUGACCAGCUUAAACUAGUUCUGAAGACACAAAGGGAAAGGAGCGGAAGAUAAGGAGCCAGAUAGCGGAGCCGGCGGUGGCGGAGCGGAGCCAGCGCAGCGCCGGGAGACUGACUGAGCCGUCGGCGAUUCAGCCCUUCAGCAUCCAUCCAGAAUGCAGGUCCGUGAACUCGUUCUCCUCUUGGUUCUGAUUCUUCUGGCUGCAUCUUCUGAGGCUGGCAAGAAUAAAAAAGACAAAGUGAAGAAAAAUGGCUCAGAUUGUGAGGAAUGGCGCUGGGGCCCUUGUGUCCCCAACACCAAAGACUGUGGCAUUGGCUUCCGUGAAGGGACUUGUAAUGAAGAGAGCAAGAAACUCAAGUGUAAGAUCCCCUGCAACUGGAAGAAGGAAUUUGGAGCUGAUUGCAAGUACAAGUUUGAGAGCUGGGGCGGCUGUGAUUCUGCAACAGGUCUGAAGGCUCGUUCAGGCACUCUGAAGAAGGCCCUGUACAAUGCCGAGUGCCAGGAAACUAUUCAAGUGACUAAGCCCUGUUCUCCUAAGGCCAAGUCAAAAUCUAAAGCCAGAAAAGGGAAGGGGAAGGACUAGAAUGACGGACAGAGCCCCGCCGUCUUCAGGGCACGGUGCCUGAACCCACUUGGACACACACCACUUGGAGCUGCAGUGUGGCCCCUCCCAGCUCGGCGAUACUUUGCCAGAUCCCACAUCUCUUCUGCCUCCGUGACUUUGCCCUUAACUGGGAUUCCGUUUCUAAUUGCUAGUUUUGUAGCGAGCAAGCCCACCCUGUCCUGUAGAAGGCACUGUUUGCCUUCCCUUUAACCUCCCCCAUCUGUCCUCUGCCUGGUCCCCUCGUAUAUGCACCCUUGUUUUCUUUACUCUGGUUUGUUCCCCAGAAUUCAACAUGGUGUGUUUUGAGAUGGGGCUAAGCUGUGACUUGAGUGAUUCACCAUUGGCAUCCUUGGUCAACGCCAAAUGGCCUUUUGGCACAUCCUUUAACCAACUUAGCAAUGCUUGUGGUAACUCCAAACAGCUUUCUCUUCCCAUAGGCAAAACUCUAAAUUUCCCAAGGAAACUGUUUCAGGGCAUGGGCUCGGGUGGGAGAGGAGUUACAGUGAAGAGCAGGGGCUAAAAGCCCCAUUUCUCUCUUGCCUUCCUAAUAAGAGCACUGUGUGCAGUAGGACGAUUUUGACUUCUUUGGUGUCAUUUUGUUUCCUUCCACACACACACCUUCAGCUUUACAAGGGCCUGAAUCUGUGCCUACUUCCCAUGGUAUUGUGUGUGCGUGUGAGCGCCCUCCCCAUCUCUCUCCAAUCCAAGCUUGUUCACAAGCAGCCUCUCCCUCCGGAGACAGGCAUGUGCACAUGCGUGUAAUCUCCACAACCUGAUUUUGCUUGGUCUUUUGCCACAAUCCAUGCCUUGCACCCCCUUUCAGCAGCUAAGAAAGAGUUAAUGAGCAUUGUUUCUUUUUUAGUCCUUAUGUCCUUGUUCCUCCUUUUCUGUAUUCUUGCUGGGACUCUGUGGCCUUCCCUUCCUUUACUGGUGCUGGGUAAGCCCUCUCUGCUUUUUACAAUUUCUCCCCUUUUCCAAUAAAAGUCUUUUUAUGAAAACAA